AUGAAUGGAUCAUUUGACCUAGCAGCUUAUUUAGUGAUAUUACUAGUCGCGUCUGCCUUGGCGAACGUCGACGAGGACUACGAUUAUACAUACACAAACUUCUUCCCGGAGCUGUCAAACCAUCGCUCAGGACUGGACUCCACGGACGCGGACCCCCACGAAAUUCACGAAUUCCGCAAGGCUGUGCCAAAGUUGGCCACGGUCCGGGACGACGACGGCUUGCUGUUUAGGUCCACGACACUACGGCCGAUCAUCACAUUGAUAAACGUGAGCGGGGCCGACCGAAGGUUGGGUCAAACGACAGUCGUUAAGAAACACGGCGGUGUACCUUGGCCUUACGCUACAGACUUUAAUCGUAAAGUGCUAUUUCCAUCACCUAACCUAGGGUCGGCUUUAAAUACUAUCGAUGCAUCCGACGAACAAGGCGCCAAAAUCAGAGGUAAGGUUUAA